AGUCACAGCUACAGUCGUAAGGCUGGUGCUCAUCCUAGAAUGUUGGACAGCAGCGUUGAGAUAACCAACUACUGUCCUCCUGACACUGUUGAGACUUUCCUUGAAGAGCUAAACCACUCACAGGGUGAUGACUUGGAUGAUCAGGAAACGGCACCAGCACCACCACGAGCCUCCUCAGACUGGUCUACUCGAAAAAGUCUCCUCUCAGAGAGGUGGGAGAAAGAAAGAGCCUGUCUGGUGAAUACCAUGGCAGCACAACAAAAUGUGACAACUCAGAUCUGCCAACAAUGUGGCAGCAGUCCAGCUGCUGUCCGUUGUCGUGACUGCAGACCACAACCAUUUUUCUGUGCUGAUUGUGAUGUCAGUAUACACCGAAACCACGUAUUCCACAACAGGGAUGCAACAAUAGCUGGAUUCUUUCAGCCAUUGCCUCCAACAACCUGUGUCGUGGAGAGGGCUCUUUCCCAGUGUGUGUGUAUUGUGCCAUUGGAGAUGCCCAAAAAAAUAUGUAGUUGUUCUCCAGGAUCGUUGAGUGUCAACACAGGAAAAGUUGUUGCUGUGGUUACAAUGAAUGGACGAUAUGAUCUCAGUAUGCCUGAGAUGAAAUGCGAGGCAUGCAAAGCCACAUGGAGCCCUGGAGUGGAUGACUUAGUCCGUAAUGACUACUGGCCUGCUACCUUUCACUUUUCCACGGUGUACUCUAUAGAUGUGUUUUAUUCAUAUGAAGAGUUGAAGAUGGCAGCACCAGGACUGUCCUGCCAAGCAUUUUUAAGAAUGCUUGAUCAACGAACUGUCCGCUUUGGCCGUAUUGGGAAGAUCACAGCAGACAGCUUCAGAAAAAGUUUUUUGGAGUGGGAGGCUGUUAGAUUUGAGGUGGAUAAGAUCUGCAGGGAGGAGCAUUUUGUCUGUCCUGCAUGCACCCCAGACAUGCUUGCUGUUUCUGUGGAUGGAAAUCGCAAGCACUACCGCUUUAAGAAUGCAGCAAGAUCUGAAGAAAAAGCCUUAUUUGAUGGCAUCUUCAUUGCAAAAGAUGAUGAAGUAGAGAGAUUUGUGGAUUACAUUCAUUCUACCACCAACCAUGUCUCUGGAAGAGGUGUCUGUGGAGGGGAGUGGUCAGCUGCAAGGGAAACGUCUCAGAAAUCCUCAAGUAAAAUUGAUGAGGAGGGACUUGAGCUUGCAGUCUGUCGACAUGGAGUUUUUCUCGCCGCUCUCAACAUGUUCAGGGGAGAAAUAUAUGCUUAUCCCCUCUACCUGCAGAACAAGCUGGCAAAUACGCCAAUAAGCUUUUUUGCCAUGGAUGUAACCUGCAAGUACUGGCCUUACCUCAACAAAGUGACAAAAAGCUGCCCGGAGCUCCAGCACCUUCUGAGCAUGAAACCAUUCCUCUCAGUGUUUCAUGCCAAAGCCCAUGAUUUUAAAUGUGAGGUUAAAUGGAGUGGAGCUUACCAGCAAGGGGCAGGAUUGACACUUGGGGAGGAGGUUGAGCAGUGUAACGCCUUCCUCUCUAGGAUUGCUGUGACCACGAAGCACAUGUCCAAAGCAGGACGUACAGACAUGCUUACACUGAUGGCCAUGCGCUGGAAUCAGCAAAAGUUUAAUAACUUGGCUACUUCACUUGCCUGCCGAUAUCAGAAGGCCACAAAACGUCUGGAAAGCCAACUUCAGGACCUGGAAAGCAUGAGAAUCCAGCUGGCAGUGACACAGGUUGAAGUUGAGGGCUGGGUCACUGAUAUUAAGGAGUGGGCAGAAGCAACAACAUCCCAAAAGAAUGCCGAUCUUGACGCGGUGAUCAAUAGAAUGGAGGUGCUGGUGGCCAGCAUUAAAAGAAGGUCCCAGCGCCUUUACAAAGACACCGAUGGCAGCAAAGGUCGGGCCCGGAUCCGGUGCAAAAUCAGAGAGGAGAAGGCCAUUCUUAGCUCUGUUGUUGAAAAAUACAACAGUAUGGUUCCAGAUACAGAAAGAAUCGCCUUUGACAUCAUUCUCUCUGACGAGACAGUUUGGCCAUGGCAGCUUUCACAUGGUGACGCUGUAGAUUUGAAAACCAAGAGAAAGGCGUUUGAUGUUGUGAUGGCUAUAAGGAGACUUGAGGAGGAGAAGAAGAUUGUUCUUUCUGAGAUGGCAAAGCAUUGGAAAUCUCUCUCCACUCGUGCAGACACACUCAAGGAGAUGUCAUGCCAGCUUUCCAGUGAGGCAUUGAAAAGUGAGCUGUGGGAUCUAAAUGAAGAAGGGAUCAAGGGUUUCCUCAGCUUAACUUUGAGAAAGAAGCAAGAAGUCACCAGAAUGAUGAAGCAUACAAGAGACUGUUAUGCUAAAGUUUUGACUGGAACAAGAAUGGACUUCCAGAAUGAUUGGGAUGAAUACGACAGUGACUCUGAAUUGUCAGAUGAGUUUGAGGAGCUCUCAAGUGAGAAAUGAGCAUUAAGUCAUUUUUGAUGAGUUUCCUUUGUAUUUUUUUUUGUUUUUUUUUUCCACUCUAACAAUGCAGCCCUAUUUCUGAUACCGUGGGGGGUCAGAAAUGUUGCUGUGGGGGGCCACCACGGUCAAAUCAACAUGGAGGAAUCACUGUUUGUGGGUCAGAUAUGCUUGAAUAAUAGUAUUCAUCAUAUCUACAUGUGACAUUACAACAAUAAUAAUGAGUGUAAUUAAUUUAAGUAACUGUUUUUCCAAUAGUAAUCUUCUGUUUAUGGUAGAACAAAACUAUGUGCAGAAAAGUUUGCAGGAAGGUGUAAAUAUGUAAAUAUGUGCAUUGUAAUAAUAAUAAUAAAAAACAUAAUUCCACUAAUGUCA